AACCCUCUUCAGCUUUCCGUAGGAGCGAAGCAAUCAGCCCAAAGUGAAUUAAACAAACGUUCGUGUCACCGUUGUUUUCUAUGAAAACACACUGUGAGAGUCGACUUCCGAUGAGUCAACCUGGUAAGGUUAGUUUGUGUGAUAAAAUAAGCUCAAGAAUAUGGAAACAUGUGCACUUCUUCAACCGAAGGUCGCGCAAGAGCAUACUGUCACGAAAUAACAAAACGGGUAUAAAUGCUGGACGGUUUCGUUCUAUUUUAACCAGACAUCCGUCAAAUAGUACACGACUCUGUACAUCUUUCACACUGUCUAACAACGUUGCCAAUAAACAAGUUCAAGUUAUUUUCAUCAACUUGUGUGAAGACGAAAUACAUAGUUUUAAUUAUGGCGGCUUUAUGGACCCUCUGCUUGAUCGCGUUCUCCAUUUUGGAAAUGACAAUGCCAUCGGCGGCAAAGCCAUGUUUCAUUACAAAUUGUCCACCAGGAGGCAAACGCUCAGGUCAUGUUUCAGAAGAUCCUUCGAGUUUCCAAGGGGUAGCUGAAGAACGGCCAUUGUUGUCACAUCAGUGCGCCUCCUGUGGCCCGGGAGGAAAAGGGACUUGCUUUGGAGCAAGUUUGUGCUGCGGAUCGGAGUUCGGAUGUUUCUUUAAAACUAACGAGACUAACAUUUGCUUGUUAACCAAUUUAAAGUCAUCUCGAUCAUGUGAUGAACGUUUUUGGCAAAUCUAUUUUAAGUCUGCUCCGUGCAGCUUAAAUGGUGAUAAACUUGAUGGUAUCUGCGUAGCGGAUCGACUCUGCUGUUCACUUGGACAAUGUAAACAAAACUUCGCUUGCUGAUUGGUACCUAGUAUCCGAUCAAGCUGACGUGACUCCAUCGAUCUCCGACAUUAACUGUAUCGUAAAUAAUAUGAUAAAAUUAUGAAACUUCUACAGUAAAUAAAUGUGCAUUCAUAUAGAAUCACAGGGCCUAUAUCUGUUGGUCCUUGUCCGUGAUUAAAACGAAAAUGAAUACAAUUUCGGCCUGAA